GGGGCACCUGGUGGCUGAGUAUAGAGGUAAAAAAUGUAUACAACCAGACCCUUAUCUCUAUACCAAGAUUGCCCUGAAGCCCUCAGAUUACUUCCAGAAGGUCCGAAUUCAGGUUAUUUGGUACUUCAAGGUGAUAAAACUAUCAAGACCUCUUUUUUUGGUUUCUUCAAGGAUACCAAGAUAAUCAAGAACUGGCUUAUUGAAGAUCUGCCAUUUCCACAAAAUAAGUAUCUCUCCAUUAUUACUGGUGAUAAUCGCAGCCAAACUAUUGAUGAUGUUUACUUGAUUCCAGUCAUCAACCAACCACUCUCAUCCAACCGAUAUUAUGCAAUCAAAGCAGAUGGGAGGCAAAGAGGUGAAGCAUAUGUAAGCUCAGUCAAAGAGGACAUGGGCAUCUGUUGUUUCUGUAGUAUCCCAUGCAUACUAGAUGAAGAUCCAAGACCCUUUGAUCAAGACGACGUCUAUCAACAGUUUAAAUUCUUUGUAACAAAUUCAAACCUCGGCAGGUUCAUGCCCACAGCUAAAUCUGUUGCACUUGAUGGUAUCCCUCCUAAAGUUUUAAAAGCAAGAGGAUGUCAAAUGAAAUCUAACACUCCAGAAAAUUUCUAUAUUGGAGAGGCUCAAGGUAUUGACUCUUCUCUUAGAGCUCAUCUUCCGGACUUCAAUUUUUGGUCAUCUCAAGUAUGUUCAAACCCUGUGGUUGUUGGUAAAUGGUACUGCCCUUUUAUCUUCAUUAAAGACGGGAGAAGGAAAGAUCAAGUCAAAGAGAACGUGUUCUAUGAAAUGACACUUGAGCAACAAUGGGAGCAGAUAUAUGCUGCUGAGAGGAGUUGCAAUCAAGGAAAGAAAGUGACAGUCGACGUGAUAGUUCCAACAGAAUCUGUAAAAAUAGCAGGUCAGGAAGCUGCUCAAGAAGAGAGAAAUAAUGAUAGAGGGGCGGUAUGGUUUAGAUCUAAAAAUGAAAGCGGAAUAGAAGUUUUUGUUGGGCUGAGCACACUGAUUGUAGAAAGAAUGAUGUGGGAACAAGAAAGAGUUCGAUGGAUUAAAGAGCAGCGCGUCACGGUGGUUAAAGAUGAAACAUAUGAAGGAACAGGAGACUGGAAAAGAUUUGGUUGCUAUUUACUAGUUGAGAGUUUUGUUCUGAAGAGAAAUAACGGGCGAAUUCUGCUAACAUAUGAUUUCAGGCAUACUCACCAGAUAAGAAGCAAAUGGGAGUGACAUCAAUGACUUCUGAAUUUCCUUGAGAGAUUUAUAAGCUUUGUGCCUUUGUCUUCCUGCAAUUCUGCUAUUUCUGCAUGAUCCUUUAGCAACACAGUAUACUCGCAAGGUUUAAAUUUGUCUGUGUAAUUACUGAACAUUACAAAGUUGUAAAUAUUUUACAUUGCUUUUGGGGAUGACUGUAACACCAUAUCCUGUUGCUUUUACAUUUAUGUGUUUUUUAUGAAUUUAUGUGGUAUUGGAAUUGAAGUACUUUGCAUUUUGCUUAACUUACUUGAAAGAUUUUAAUGUAUAGAAAAUAAAAUUUAUCUAGCAAAUUCUCUAUCCUCACUAAA